AUAAACCCUAGUUUUCUCUCUCUACUUGCAAAAAGAAGUCGAUACAUAUGGCCGGAGUUGUAAUAGACGACGGUUUUCCUGCGGAUAAGCUUUUCCGGCAAGGAUACUCCUACACAUACGACGAUGUCAUCUUCCUUCCCCAUUACAUCGACUUCCCCACCGACUCUGUCAACCUUUCUACCAAGCUCUCACGCAAUCUCUCUCUGUCUACCCCUUGUGUCGCCUCUCCUAUGGAUACCAUCUCUGAAGCUCCCAUGGCCAUAGCCAUGGCUGCCCUCGGAGGAAUUUCCAUAGUCCAUUCAAACAACUCCUCUUCCGACCAGGCCUCCAUUGUCCGAUCCGCCAAGUCCCGCCGCAUCCCAUCCGUCUCAGAUUUGGUUAUUAAAUCCCCUUUUGAUACCAUUGAUUCGGUUCAAGAGUUUGACUCAUCUCCUUGCAUUCUUGUCACCAAGUCUGGAACCAGGAAAUCUGAACUCAUCGGCUUCGUCAUGAAAUCAGAUUGGGAAUCUCUUGGAAACAGAGAGAUUGUAGUCUCUGAAUAUAUGCAGAAAUCUUCGGUUUCAGCUCCGUCAGAUUACACUCUUGAGGAAGCUGCUUCAUUUUUGGCAGCAAAGAAUCUUGAAUUUGUGCCUUUGGUGAGCAAAGAAGAUGAGGAGGUUGUGGGUUUGGUUACAGAGGCUGAUAUAGAAAGAAUUCGCGGCUUCCCGAAGCUGGGAACUCCGUCUACUGGAGCUGAUGGGAGAUUUAUGGUGGGAGUUUCAAUUGGAACGAGAGAAUCAGAUAAGGAGAGGUUAGAGCAGCUGGUGAAGGCUGGGGCAGAUGUUAUUGUAUUGGAUAGCUCACAGGGGAACUCAAUUUAUCAGAUGGACAUGAUAAAAUAUGCAAAGAGAACUUAUCCUGCACUGGAUGUUAUUGGUGGAAAUGUAGUGACAAUGUAUCAAGCACAGAACUUGAUUCAAGCUGGGGCUGAUGGGCUGAGAGUAGGCAUGGGGUCUGGCUCCAUUUGCACCACACAGGAGGUCUGUGCUGUUGGCAGAGGACAGGCUACGGCAGUUUACAAAGUUUCAUCUAUUGCUGAACAAUAUGGAGUACCUGUAAUUGCUGAUGGUGGAAUUUCAAAUUCUGGUCAUAUUGUCAAGGCUUUAGUUCUAGGUGCUUCAACUGUUAUGAUGGGAAGUUUCUUAGCCGGAAGCAAUGAGGCUCCAGGAGCUUAUGAAUAUCAGAAUGGUUGCAGAGUAAAAAAAUAUAGAGGAAUGGGAUCUCUAGAAGCCAUGACGAAAGGGAGUGAUGCACGAUACUUGGGGGACACGGCUAAGUUAAAGAUAGCUCAGGGAGUAGUUGGAGCUGUAAAAGACAAAGGCUCGGUUCUAAAGUUCAUACCCUACACGAUGCAGGCAGUAAAGCAGGGAUUCCAGGAUCUAGGUGCAUCGUCUCUACAAUCAGCUCAUGACCUUCUAAGAUCAUCUGUGUUGAGGCUCGAGGUCCGAACCGGAGCUGCACAAGUUGAAGGUGGAAUCCACGGGCUUGUGUCGUAUGAGAAGAAAUCCUUCUGAUCCGAAGGUAAGAUUAUUAGAUGGAGUGAUCAUUGAGUGAAGGAACAAAUGCUUAGCUACGUGUGUACCAAAACUUAAGUCUUGAGAUUAGAGUCUUGUUUACUAUUUUUCAUCCCUUGUUCAUUUGAAUUAUUCUGUGCAAUAAUAAAAUCGACAGCAUUUUAUCUAUUA